AUGUCCAACUCCAACAACAAAAACCACACACUUUUAUAUCUUUUUGCUACCCUCCUGCUAACUUCUCCUAUCCUUGGAACUCAUCGUUCAGACUCCAACAUUAUCAAAUCCUCGUGUGCCAUAACCUUAUACCCCGACAUAUGCUAUUCUACACUCUCCUCCACCAGAAACCUUGCAACUAGAAAGGAUGUAAUCCAACAUGCUAUCCAUAAAACAAAAGAAAUCAUCCGACAAAACUUCAUCACCAUAAAGAAGCUCAUGGUCACUGUCAAUCUCACCAAACGCGGCAAAAUUGCACUCCAUGACUGCUUAGAGAUGAUAGCUGGAACUCUUGAAGAUCUCGACAUGGUGAUCCGAGACCUGGAGGCAUAUCCAAGCAAGAAAUCCCUUCAGGAACAAGCCGAUGACCUCAAAACCCUCAUGAGCACCACCAUUACCAACAAGGAAACCUGCUUGGAUGGCCUAUCGCACGAUGCAGCCUGUCAGCAUUUGCGCAAAUCAAUUAUUCAUGGUCAGGAUCUCGGGGGAAAGAUGUGUAGCAAUGUUCUUGCUAUGAUCACGGACAUGACGAACAUAGAUAUGGCCAACAAGCUGGCUGAGUCGAAUGUACGAAAGCAAAAGGAGGAAGAGUUGAUGAGGCAGCCGGAGUGGUUGUCUAGGAAAGACAGGAGAUUAUUGUGGGGGAAAGUAAUGAGGCCAAACGUGAUUGUGUCGAAGAAUGGUAAGGGAAACUAUACUACGGUGGCCGAAGCCGUGAAGGCAGCGCCAUUCAGUAGCAAAAGCAGGUUCGUGAUAAAGAUAUUGGCAGGGGUGUAUAGGGAGCAUGUUGAAAUUCCAAAAAACAAAACCAACUUAAUGUUUAUUGGGGCGAAUAGAAAUAACACAAUUAUUACUGGGAAUUUGAGCGUCGGCGGCGGCAGCACAACCUGGAAAUCCGCAACCGUAGCCGGAGCUGCGUUGCAUCAAGCCGUGGCACUACGUGUUAGUUCUGAUUUAUCGGCAUUCUAUAGAUGUGGUAUACUCGCAUACCAAGAUACCCUUUAUGUCACCUCCGGACGUCAGUUCUUCGUCAACUGCAUGAUUGUCGGCACUGUUGAUUUCAUUUUUGGUAAUGCUGCAGCUGUCUUCCAAUUUUGUAACAUCCUCGCCCGUCGUCCUGAUCCCCACCAAGGAAACAUGCUCACUGCUCAAGGCCGAACUGAUCCUCAUCAAAACACUGGGCUCGUCAUUCAGAAGUGCAAACUCGGUGCAACCUCCGACCUACAACAAGUUAAAGCCGAUUUUAAAACGUAUCUUGGAAGGCCAUGGAAGAACUAUUCAAGAACGGUGAUCAUGGGAUCCUUAAUUAGUGACGUUAUAGAUCCUGCAGGAUGGUCCCCUUGGAAGGGAACUUUCGCACUAGACACUUUGUAUUAUCGAGAGUACCAAAACACGGGACCUGGGGCUGAUACGUCAAAGAGGGUAAAGUGGAAAGGUUGGGGUGUGAUGAAGAAUAAGAUUGAGGCUAUACCUUUCACUGUUGGAAGCUUCAUCAAUGGUUGGACUUGGUUGCUAUCCACUGGCUUCCCUGUCUGGCCUCUUUGGUAA